GCGCGUCGCUUCCGGCGGUUUCCUCACAGCUACUGCGUGGGGAGCAUGGGAGCGUGGGAGUUUUGUGGUGGCCUCCGCCUCCUUUGUGGCGUCUUGGCUAGGCGUGGCUUCAUGCUGCUUCUGCUGGGCUGGGCGAGGCUGAGGCUGUCAGUGCUCCGGGGCUGCUGAGUGUGGCCGUUUCAAAGCUGUUUUGGAGAAAGAAGCUGUCACCUCAGAUUCUCAAAGGAGCUUCGAGGAGCCUGAGGGCGGAGUGGAAAGGCCUGGCAGCGGAGUCGGAGACUCUCCACUUGAAGUGUUGUCCCAGCGUAGGGACUUGAAGGAACCCUUGGUUUCCCCAGAUGGCGUCCACGCUCCCCACAUCCGAUGAGCAGGAACCACUGCUAUUUGAAGAUCUGGAUGUAUAUUUUUCUCAAGAGGAAUGUGUGAGUCUGCACACUGCCCAGAAGACCCUCAGCGGAGAAGCCCCAUUGGAGUGUUUUGAGGAUUUGGACUUGAUAGGAGGGGAAGACCAAACUGAAACCAGUCAGAAGUUAAGCCUAGAGCCUGUGGAACUUGAAGAGCUGUCCCUGGAAACAUACUCCCUUGCCCAUUACUCUGACCAAUCUGAGGAGGAUGUUGAAAUACAUGAAAGGAAAAUGUCAGACGGAACUUUGACUUGCAAGACCAAGCUUAUAAGCCUCUUGGUUACCAUUGACAACCAAACCCCAUUAGUAGAGUUAUCUCAGUGUUUAGGAGUCAAAACACUUUCAGAUAUAAUUGAAGUUCCUUGGGAAGAAGCCAAAAAUGUGUACAAGUGUCCUGACUGUGACCAAAGCUUCAGUGAUAAUACAUACCUUGUUUUGCAUCAGAAAAUUCAUUCAAGAGAGAAAAAGUAUAAAUGUGGUACCUGUGAGAAGACCUUCAGUCACAGAACCAACCUGAGGACACACAAGCGAAUCCACACUGGUGAGAAGCCUUACAAGUGUACUGAGUGUGCUGCCAGCUUCCGACAGCAGUCACACCUGUCCCGGCACAUGACUAGCCAUUUCAAGGAGAAACCACAUACGUGUAGUGUAUGCGGGAGAGGUUUUAUGUGGCUCCCAGGACUGGCAGAACAUCAGAAGAGUCAUACUAAUGCUUAUGAAUGUGCUGACCAUGAUCAAGAAACAAAUCUGGCUUUGCCUGAAGAAAGAGGCUCAUCAGACACACCAUCCCAGCACACACAGUGUGUGAAGACCUUGGAGCAGCCCUCAGACCCUGCUCUCCCCGAGAAAGACCAUAAGGAGGACUCUAAACACUGCAGUAUUGACGAUGAAGACUUUUUUUCAUUCUCCAGAUUCAAACCCUUACAGUGUCUUGAUUGCGACAUGACUUUUCCUUGUUUUUCGGAGCUUGUCUCUCACCAAACCAUUCAUGACAUGGAAAAACCUCAUAAGUGCAAAACAUGUGCAAAACCUUUUGCUUUAGAGUCAGAACUUGCAUCCCACGAGAAGAGCCACAGAAGAGAAGAGCCUUUUAAGUGUACGGUGUGUGGGAAGAGCUUCGGAGUAAAGAUGCAGCUCGUCACUCAUAAACGAGCCCAUAGGAGAAGCAGCAAGUAAAUACAUGCUUUUGCUCCUGAGAGCCUUUGUGUCUGUGUGAUAGUAAACACGGCCGUACACAGGGCGCUGUGCUAGGCAAGCACUUUACACGAGUUCCAUGGGGUAUCACAGUAUUAGUUAACACAUCUGAUUAGAUCUGAGGCAAUGAAUCAGUGUUACAUAGAUAGUAUGUGAAGCCAGGAUUUGAACUCAGUUUCUGAUCAAAUUCCAUUUACAUGAGCCAGAGAAACAUAAAACUUUAAAAUUGAGUUUUUGUCUGCUGGGUAUGGUGGCUCACACCUUUAAUCCCAGCACUCAGGCAGCAGAGACAGGAGGAUUUCUGUGAUACAGAAGCCAGCCUGGUCUAUAUAGUGAGUUCCAGUCAAACCAAGGCUACAUAGAGGGACUCUUUCAAAAAACCAAAAUAAUUCAGUUUUUGUUAAGAUGAAGGUUGUUUUACAAUUCUUUCUUCAAAAAUGUGAUUUCUAAGGAUAUUUUGGGAAGAGGAAAUUUAUUUUUGCCAGUUCUAUUACAUGAUAUAUCUAGGAAAAUGAAUGUUUUUAUAUUUAUUUUUAUGCUUUUCUUGUUAAAGCUAUUUCAGUUUAAUGUUUUUUUGAAUGUGAAUUUCUAGUUUAGGACUCCAUAUAAAGCUACCAAAUUUGCCAACUUUUUUAAAGUGUGUAGGAGGAGCAGGGAGGCAGGAGUGGGGAUAGAGGGUCUUGCUGUGUAGCCCAGGCUGUCCUCAAAAUCAUUUUCCUGUAUUCAUCUCCCAUGUGCUAGGAUUACUGAUAUAUACCACCAUGUCCAGCUAGUUUAGAGCUGAUGACAGUAUUUAUGGAUUUCCCACUUUCAGACUUGAUGGCAGGGGCAGGUUCUGACACACUGUAGAGGUUAGACUUUGCAGGGAGUACUUGUUCCUUUCUAAGGGGGUUUGCCUCCAGAUCCCCACUGAAGCACAUUCCAGGCUGGUUAUAAAUAGUUAGAACACUUUUUACAGGGCAUGCUAAAUACUGUAGUUAUAUUAUUUUGUUUAUUCAAAAAAAAUCUGAAAGGACUGUCCAUGUUUUAUAGAUGAACUGAAGCUUUCGGAGGGUAAGCACAGAAAGUAUCCCAUCGAGAUGAGGCUGACAUGUAAAUCCAGUGACACUGUACUACUACCUGUUGGCGUUUGUGCCACGUGUUAAUCCUACUAGGAGACAAGGAAGUGGGUAGGGUGGGGGAAGAGCAUCCUAUGGAGGCUGACCUGGGAGCUUUCCUACCUGAAGCCCAUUGUGUCCUUUGUCUUAUCCAGAGCUUUAUUUCAUGACUCUUAAAACAACAGAAGACUCUACGGCUUCAUACUUGAAUUCCUUGUCAGUAUAGUAAAUGAGAUUUUGUUUUCAUUAAAUUAUAACUCUUCCUCUCCAUCUCCACAGAAAACAUAUUUGCAUUGUUGAAUUUUUAACCAAAAUAAUUGAUAACAUAUAUGCCUUUAGGUACUGGUAUUACAGAUAAAUAUUAGAAUAAAAUAUUGUCAUACAGUAUGGUUAUUAAAAGAACCAAGAAUGUAAGUAUACAUUCAUACAGAAGUACACUUUACAACAAAAUGGAUUAUAUACCAUUAGUUAGUAAAACUCUCUAUGGUCUUUUGGUUAGUAUGCAAGGAUGAUUUCUUUCUGUUUAAAUGGACUAUAAAAACACAGUAUUUACUAAAAUAGAAUUACUGCUUGGAAAUUUCAUGAACAAAAAGCCUUCUUGAGGGCCAGUGGCUGCAACGUAGUACAGGGCAGUGUCCCUUCUAUGGAAGUGCAGAUGGAGAAUCUCAUGUACAAAAAGACACCAGCUAUGCAACUAAGUUCUUAAUACUUACUAGAGACAGGAAGAUCACUGUUACUGAGUGAGGUAAGCUGAAGUCAACAGCCUUGCCUCAUCUGUUGUUCCUUUCUGACUGUCACCCCUGUCCUAGAGGUCACUGUGUCAGCUGAUCCACAGUUGAGACUGAAUGUCCUGUAUGUCAAGGUCACACUUCCCUUUUUUCUCCACAUUUAGGAUGUAAUGCAUCAUUUUGUUAGGGAGUUGGGAGGUCUUAGUGGCCUUCAGGUCUCUUCAGCCCUCUGUCAGAGACUCUUUGAAUUGUAUAGAAAGGUGGUCGUAGGUUUUUGCCUAACCCUGGGAUAUAGUGGUUGUCAGACAGCAUUAGGAGCACUAGCUUCUUCCUACUCUGCUGCUUCUCAGAGGGAGGAACUGCUGUGAGCCUCAUAGGCUCUAACGCUUGAAGACUGACGAGUUGAAAGUGGGGGAGUAAAACUGGAAAAGAGGCCCUUACUCAUGAAUGUUGGUACCAAUAGAAGUGAGAAUUAGUCAGGAGCAACUGGAACAAAAUGGCUGAUAGGAAGGUUGGAAGUUGUCACCCUUAUUUGAUUUUGCUUCUAAGGAAAUACCAAAGAAGUUGAGUUUAUACUACAAGUCCUGCUGUAUAUCUUGUUUUGUAUAUUUUGUUUGUUUUGUUUUUCAAGACAGGGUUUUUCUGUGGAGCUCUGGCUGUCCUGGGACUGCUUCUGUAGACCAGGCUAGCCUCAACUCAGAGAUCCGCCUGCCUCUGCCUUGAGUUGUGGGAUUAAAGGUGUGUACCACCACUGCCUGGCCCUGCUGUACAUCUUAACAUGGAAUUCACAAUUUACCUCUCCAUGUUUGUGGUUUUCUGCAUUCUCCAGAUUUUGAAAGACCACUGACAAAAGAUUAGAAAAAAAAAGAGGACUUUUACAAAAACCAUUAAUAUAUGUGACAGUAAUUAAAUAGCCUUUGGUUUAAUAACAACCACCAGAUUGGUAUGCAGAAAACCCAAAAUACUAUAUGUCAGUUUACUGUGAAAUAUUUCAGUUAUUUCCUUAUUGUGUGCUUGUUCCUAAAAACCUUGGCUGUGUGUUAUUUUCAAGCUGCUUUGCCUCUAAGGAGUUGAAGAAGAAACAGUGGCAUUUGGGCUGCCUUUAUGAUCAUGGCCUUCUCAUCCUCCUAAUAAUACUGCCAAGUAGGGUAGAUUCCACACGAUUGCUCUUAAUCCAUGGUAUUAGCAAAUCAUGUAGGUGCUAAUAACAAAUCUGGAUACAGUCCCCGAUACAGGGAUAUAAAAUGGGAUGUAAGAGCCAGUUGCCAUGAAUGGUUAGCUAACUACAUGUUAUACAAAGAAUGUUGACAUUAUGAAGUGUGGAAACGUGGUACUGAAGAUGUGAACUCAAAACUUUGUGGAUUUUUUGAUGCCAUGAUAAAAAUGUGAAUAAAACUGUUCCUUCCCAUGACUGUGGGGAUACCA